GUGAUGAGGCAAGUGGCACGGCGGUGGUGCUGGUCGGUGGGAGCAGCAGCACGAGCAGCACCAACAGUCACGGCGCAGCAGGCGAAGCAGGGUGCCAAGCGAGCAGUGAGCAUCACCACCACCACCACCACAACAACAACAACAGGUGUGGCUGCGGCUUCGACGGUGGGUCAAAUGCGUGUGUUCGAUGCACGCCAUGUCAGGGCACACCAACAGCAGCUGGGUGCGCAAAUGCGUUGCAUGCACGUGGCAGCCGCUGCCUUGGCGCGUGGCGCAGCUGCGCCUUCGGCAGAGCCUGCAACAUCCACAGCAAAUGCAACAACAGCAAAGCCCAAAAUCACCACCUACGACAUUCGCACGCACAGUGAAUCUGGCCUCUUCCACUCUGUUACAAUCAAGGGUGAAUCAUGGAACUACGCAAACCUGGACAGCUUCUUUGGCUUUAUUGAACGCGCCGCAGACGAGCUCAACAUCCAGCGCGGCGGCACGGUGAAGCUGCCAACGCACCGCAAGGAAUACACUGUGCUCAGUUCCCCACAUGUGUACAAGCAGCACCGAUCACAGUACGUCCUGAAAACCCACAAGCGAUGCAUUAAGAUCAAGAAUGUGACGGAGGAGACAGCUGCGUCGUUUGUCGAGUACAUUAUGACCAACGCGCCGCCCGGUGUUGCAUCACGCGUCAUCAUGAGGGCAGCAGCGUCGAUGCCACGGGCCGCAACCACGACCAACACCAGGACCAGGGCAGCACGAGCACAGUGACGGCCACCGCCAUCACGGCUGUUGUGACCGAGGUGGCUGCACUGGCUGCUACUGGCUGCUGACAUUCAACCACGCUUACCCCCGUGUCUCAUUCGCAGACACACACACACACACUCACACACACACACACACACAUCAGCAACCGUGUUUGCAUGCAUGCCCCAGGUGCUUCACGCCCUCUGUGUCUUUCUCUCUUCGCUCACACCAGCUGCAUAUUUGGUUUGUCUGGUUUGUUUGGUUGUUUGUAGCGUGCUGUUUGCUUGUCUAUGGCAAUGAAACGUGAACAUAAGCACAGCUUG